AUGCGCGUCCACACGGACCUCGCCUGCCUGGCUGACUCGACGGGGCUCCCGGGUAAGACGGCGCGGCGGGCUGGUGGGAGGCACUUCAGUUUGCGCGCCCUUUCCGAAGAGACCCAGCGAAAAUACUUCACUGUCCCGUCCCCCCCAGGAAAAGAAAAGUCUUUUCUUUCCGCCCCCUCCCCCAGGUGCGGCGCUUUUUCGCGCGCCCGAUCCUCAGCUUGAGCUGCGCUGCGGCUCUCCCUGGUCGCUCCGCCAAGCUAGCCUGCCCUGCCCGACAUGUCACCCCGGAGCGGGAGGCACAACCGAAGGCGACUUUCCUUCGGAAGAACUUGGAAAGCAGAGGAUGGUUUUUGCCCCGCGACCCGGGACGCCUUGGAAGUUUUUUCGGGGGGCUCUUACGUCCUUCCUCCGUCCUCUACUGAACCCCAAUUCCUCUCCCGAGCUCGCUCUUCGCUCCGCAGACGGUCCUGGGGCGGAAGAUCCCCCUUCGGCCGGCCGAGCGGCCUUCCCUCCUGUCUCCUCCGAGGCCAGCGGCUUUGGAAGCGCUUUUCCCCGGCCGCGGAGCGGGCUCGGUCGGGCUGUCAUCUCUGCAGCCCAGAGAGCAGGGCGGGCGGCUCCUUCUUCUCUCCCCGUCAAAUCUUUCAGCUUUCUCUUUCUCCUCCCGCCACUCUCCUUCACAUUUUGGAAUUUGUUUUUGUUUUUAAACUUUCCCGAAAUGCAUUUUUGACAUUUCCGUGGCCUUCACCAGAUCGCACAUAAUGUCCCCCCCUUUUUUGGCAGGGACCUAUGACCAACAAACACCACAACUUAGGCAUGGCUCACCCUACCCUCAGCUCCGCUUAUGCACCCCGCACUCACCCCGGGGACGGAGCUGACCCUCCUAACUGGGGCUGGUGAGGAGUUGGAAGAGGCAGACCAGGCCUCGCCCUGUUCGCGGCUGGAAGGGAGCGCAGGGCCGCUUUCGCUUCGGCCUGGGCGCUCGCUGCAGAGGGUGCUUCGGAUCCCAGCUCCAAAGUGGAGCAAGGGGAACAGUUUCCUGGGCCCAGAAGCCUCCCCCAAGCCUCUCAGUUUUGUUUUGCCGGACCGCUAGCUGGGUGCAAGCGGUGCCUUCUGCUCCCGGGGCCCGGACGGAUCCCCCGCGAGGCGCGCUUGGAGAGACGGUUGGAAGAAGGACAGGGACGUUGCAGGGCUUACUCGGAAGACAGUCCCGCUGCAUGAAACGGGGCUGACUCUCUAGUAACGAGGCUCGCUUAGAAUCGCAGCCUGUAAGGCUGAGGGCUAGAAAGCGCGCAGAGAAAAGGAAGGGGUGGGGGCUGCGUUUUGACGCUUGGGGCAGCCGCCUACUGGGGACCUCCGGAGGGCAGAAGACCGGGGCUCGCUGUGCUCUCUGGGGUCUCCGAGGCGGCAUCCAGAAAGCGAGCCUUCUGAAAGCCGGAUCGUGGCCAGAGGGAGACGAGUGGAAACGGAGAGGCCGGCGGCUGCAUCAGUGCUUUUGGCCGGUUGGCUCCGCAGGGUGGUUGCGCUGGGCGAGGGGAGAGACGUGGAUGAGCUCUGCAGGCGCUGCCCCCUCCAGGUGUGAACGCUUAGCCCUGCCCCCCCUCCCCACCCGGAGGGGGGCGUGGGAUGCGAUCGGCAACGGCGGAGAUACCGGGGGGCUGAACAUCCCCCCUUUCCGCCGCCGCCUCCUCCUUCCUUGAGAGGGAAACCCCUCUAUAAGGGCAGACUGGCGGGGAAGGAGUCCAGAGUGCCCUGCGAGGAGCCCGGGGCCGAGGCAGAGUCACACACGUUCCGAGGGGGCGUCCGCGCCGUCGUGGGACAGGAGAGGGCAGCGGUGCGGGCAGGCUGGGCCCCCCGCGCUGACGCUGCCCGCCGGGCUCUCUCUCUCUCUUUCCGUGCGUCUCUUUCUGCAGGAGAGCGCGGCGCAGCGAUGCUGGACGCCUCGUCGGAGUCGGCGGGCCACUCCCGGCAGCUGCUGCUGCAGCUCAACGCGCAGCGCACCAAGGGCUUCCUGUGCGACGUGAUCCUGGUGGUGCAGAACGCGCUCUUCCGCGCGCACAAGAACGUGCUGGCGGCCAGCAGCGCCUACCUCAAGGCCCUGGUGGUCCACGACAACCUCAUCAACCUGGACCAGGAGAUGGUCAGCCCGGGCGUCUUCCGCGCCGUCCUCGACUUCAUCUACACGGGCCGCCUGGGCGACUCUGACAGCGGCGGCGGAGAGGGAGAGCCCAGCCUGGGCGCCGUGCUGGCCGCCGCCAGCUACCUGCAGAUCCCAGACUUGGUGGCCUUGUGCAAGAAGAAGCUCAAGCGCUCGGGCAAGUACUGCCAGCUCCGCGGCGGCUACUCGCCCUUCGGCAAGCUGGCGCGCGGCCUGCGCGCAGCCACGCCCGUCAUCCAGAGCUGCUACGCGCCCCCGGGGCUGCCGCCGCGCCCCUCCGAGCCGCUCAGCACCCACUGCGGGGAGCUGUACGCCGCAGCCUCCGCGCACCCUCAUGGGGCCGGUCUGUGCCCCCCGGAGCGCCUCUGCUCCCCACUCUGCGGCCUCGACCUCUCCAAAAAGAGCCCCAACGGGCCCUCGCCGCAGCUGCCCGCCCCGCCGCCGCCGCCGCCGGACAGCCGCCUGCGCGCCACCAUGGAGGGUCGCGAGAACGCCAGGCCCGAGAGCCCCGCCUUGCUGCCCAACCACUCGGCCUUCGGGGAGGCGGCCCCUUCGCAGCUGCAGGCGCCCUUCCACCACCUCCUGCACCACCACCGCGGAGGCAGCCCCGGGUCGGAGCCGUCGGGGCGCGCCGGCGAGGUGGCGCCGCCGGAGUUCUUCUACCGCUGGAUGAAGCACGAGCCGCUGGUGGGCGGCUACGUGGAGGACGACGAGGACGACGACGAGGAGGGCGGGGGCGAUUGCCGGGGAGGGCGGCGGGACAAGGAGGGCGAGCUGGACCACAAGCCCGAGUCGCCCUCCUCGCAGGAGCAGCCGCCGCGGCGCUACCCGAGCUUGGAGAGCGGCGGUGCAGGCGAGCCCGACGGGGAGGACCUGGAGAACGACAAGAGCACUAGCGAGGAGACGGGCUGCAGCAGCGGAGGGCGUUCCCCGGCCGGCGGCAGCCUGGAGCGCUACCUGGGCUACGAGCCGGAGAGCUUCGGCGGCGACAACCUGUACGUGUGCAUCCCCUGCGGGAAGGGCUUCCCUUCGUCGGAGCAGCUGAACGCGCACGUCGAGGCGCACAACGAGGAAGAGGAGCUGUACCGCAAGGAGGCCGCCGAGGCGGCUGCCGCCGCCGGGCAAGGCUCUCCUUUUCUGGACAAACCUCUUCCGCCGUCGUCGCUGCCGCAGCAGCAGGGGCCUCCGCCACCGCCGGUGCCGUCAGGGGCGUGCGACCUGCUGCGCCCUUACCGCUGCUCGUCGUGCGACAAGGCCUACAAGGACCCGGCCACGCUGCGGCAGCACGAGAAGACGCACUGGCUGACGCGGCCCUACCCCUGCUCCAUCUGCGGCAAGAAGUUCACGCAGCGCGGCACCAUGACCCGCCACAUGCGGAGCCACCUGGGCCUCAAGCCCUUCGCGUGCGAGGCGUGCGGGAUGCGCUUUACGCGCCAGUACCGCCUGACGGAGCACAUGCGCAUCCACUCCGGAGAGAAGCCCUACGAGUGCCAGGUGUGCGGCGGCAAGUUCGCCCAGCAGAGGAACCUGCUCAGCCACAUGAAGAUGCACGCGGCGGCGGCGGCGGCGGCUGCCGCGGCGGCGGCGGCGGGCCCCGACGGCAAGCUCAAGCUGGACUUCCCCGAGGGCGUGCUGGCCAUGGCGCGCCUGGCGCAGCAGCAGCAGCACGACAAGGAGCUGCUCAGCCACACCUCGCACUUCCUGGCCGCCGCCGCCGACCCCAAGGCCGCCAUGGAGGGCCUCUACCUCGGGCUCAGCCCCGACAAGGCGGCCGAGGUGCUCGCCCAGGGAGCCGCCGCCGCUGCAGCUGCUGCCGCCGCCGCCGCCGCCCACCUGCACAACGACCACCACGCCCGGACCAUAGAGCGCUUUUCACCCCCCUGA